AUGCUGGCGAAGAUCGGCGGCACCGCAAGAGCAGAAGCCGAGUGCGAGGUAGCCGAACGACCGGAUCGACAAGUAGAAGUCCAGAAAGAAGGCGGCAGGACUGCAUUCGUUACAGACUAUGGACAGUGGGAGUUUUUAAGAGUUGGAUUUGGAUUAGUUAAUGCUCCUGCCGUUUUUCAAAAAACAAUGAAUCAAGUUUUGAAGGGGUGUGCACUUGUUUAUAUGGAUGAUAUUCUAAUUGCCACUGAAACAAUAGAGGAAGGCUUUAAACAACUUGAGAUAGUGUUGAAGGCCCUUCCAGCAAACAAUCUGACUCUUAAUCUUAGUAAAUGCAAGUUUUUCCAAAGCAGGAUCGAUUAUUUAGGACGUGAAAUUUCCAGCGAGGGAGUUAGGCCCGGGAAACGUAAGAUUGAUGCCAUUUUGAAAGUUGCGGAUCCAAUUAACGUGAAGCAAGUCAGGCAAUUUCUUGGCCUUGCUGGAUAUUUUCGAAAGUUCAUCAAAGAUUUUGCGCGUAAAGUUGCCCCAUUAACAAACCUAUUACGUAAAAAUGUAGCCUGGUCUUGGGGAGAAAAAGAAAGCGAAGUAGUAAAAGAUAUAAAAGCAAUACUUGUUAAUCGGCCGAUUUUAACUAUUUAUGAUCCUAAUCGUGAAACUGAAGUGCACACAGACGCCUGUGCAAUAGGUUUAGGCGCUAUAUUAAUUCAGAAAGAAGGAAACGAGAAACGCGUGAUUGCUUAUUACAGUCGAAAAACGACUUCUGAGGAACAAAAAUAUCAUUCUUAUGAUUUGGAGACUUUAGCAGUAUUCGUGGCUUUGACGAAUUUCCGCGUUUAUCUACUGGGAAUUAAAUUUACGGUCGUUACGGAUUGCAGUGCCGUACGUGCUACUGCAAAUAAGAAAGAUAUACAGCCUCGAGUAGCUCGUUGGUGGGUGUAUCUCCAAGACUAUAAUUUCGAAAUCGCGUAUCGUCCUGGUGCACAAGCUGCACACGUAGAUUUCUUAAGUAGAAAUCCCAUAGAAUGUUGUAAGGGACAUUUUGCACUUGAAAGAACAUUAGACAAAGUGCGCGAGCACUAUUGGUUCAAAGGGCUUAGAAAAUACGUUUCCAAAUAUGUCAAUGCAUGCCUGAACUGCUUAUACUAUAAAUCCGCAACCGGGCGCAAACCUGGAUUUUUACAUCCCAUAGAAAAGAUAGCCAUUCCAUUCCAUACAUUGCAUCAUGAUCAUGUUGGACCCUUUGUACGUAGUACACGCAGAAAUACACAAAUUCUUACCAUAGUUGACGGAUUCACAAAAUUUUGUAUCCUCGAGCCUGUCCACGAUACGUCAGUUAAACAAGUGUUAAAAGCACUGUAUCAGUUAAUUGCGAUAUUCGGAGUACCCACCCGAAUUAUCAGCGAUAGAGGUACAGCAUUCACAUCUCACACCUUCAGGGCAUUUUGUGUGGAAUUCGGCAUUAAGCACGUACUCAACGCAGUCACAACUCCUCGUGCGAAUGGUCAAUGUGAACGAAUGAAUCGCACAGUCUUAAGUUCACUUGCAGCUACUUGCGCUGGAGGUGCAGAAGAUUCAUGGGACGAGAAUGUCAAAAAGGUCCAAAGUGUGAUUAACUGUUCGAUCAACAGGACUACGCGUAUGUCACCAACUCAACUCCUAUUUGGCUACAAACCGCGUAGUUUGGCCGAUGCGAAUUUACUAGCAGCGACUCAGAAUACAUUGGAUCAGGUCGAUUUACAGGAUAUGAGGUCCGCAGCGAAGGCAUCUACGGAUGAAGAGCAAGAUCGACAGAAAAAGAGGUUUGAUGUUCGCAGGUUCAAACCUCCCUCGUACCGUGUCGGACACGUCGUUAUGGUGGAUGCCCACCCUGUUGCUACUAGCGAGAGUAAGAAGCUCGCAGCCAAGGCGAAAGGACCUUUGAAAGUGACAGCAGUUCUGCCCAAUGACCGUUAUGAGGUCCAAGAUCUUCGGGAUUUAAAGAAAUCGCCAAACCAACGCAGUACUGUUGCGGUGGACAGCCUGAAGAGAUGGGUCACGUUUGACGCUAUUCAGUAA